CGACCAUCCAUUGGUCGGCGAAAAGCAGAGUAUUCGGACAUGUACUAUGUUUUUUUAUUUCACUUUCCGAGAAAAACAAACCUUGUUCCGAUCAAAGUUGGUCCUUAAAAUAUAGACUUGUUAGUACAAUUUGCCGGCAACACCUUGGCUAAACGCGAGACUAGUUAGUGUUAAUUACUAUGGAAUUAACUUGUAAUUAAAAUAAGCAGAAAAUAAAAGCUAGAUCGAGCUACUAUAAAUACAGUGUCGCAGGGGUUUUGUGUAACUCAUCAGUCCUCACAUCUAGCAAAGAAAAGUGAGUCUUGAAUACUAGUUUGCGUUUUCCUAAAAGAUGGCGGAUCAUCCUCGUUCUAGUGAGCAGCAAGAAGCUGAUGUUGCAGCUUCCAAAGGCUGUGGGAUGUUUGACUUUCUCAAGAAGAAACCCGAAGAUGUACAUUCUUCCGAGAAUGCCGGUGUAACCAAGGAGCCCAAGGAAGAGGAGAAGCCUUCUCUCGCUGAAAGACUCCACCUUUCUGACAGCUCUUCAAGUGAUGAGGAAGCGGGUGAAAAUGGGGAAAAGAAGGAGAAGGAGAAUAAGAAGAAGAACAAGAAGGAAGUUGUUGCAGCUCAAUGUGAAACAGAGGAGAAGCUUCCUGCGGGUAGAGGUCAUGAGGAUGGGAAGGAGAAAGGGUUUAUGGAGAAGAUGAAGGAUAAGCUUCCCGGAGGUCACCAUGGAAAGCCUGAAGCUGAAGCUCAUAAUGACAAGGGCAAGGAGAAAGGGUUUAUGGAGAAGAUCAAAGAGAAGCUUCCUGGUCAUACCAAUGAUGAGACGAAGAAGGAAACGUAGUUAUAGGAAGACCCUUUUUUUAACCUUCGCUUUCACCACUUAUUACUUUUUCAUCUUCUUGUAUCGUUGUCCACGUCGUUAUAUGUCAUGCCAAUUUUCGAAUUGAAAACUCUUGAAUCUUAAA